GUGGCGGAUAAGUGUCUGCCUGGACUUCCGCUCCCGCGGCCUCUGGAGUGGGGGUGACUUUCGCCGGGAAGGGUCGUGGUCCGGGGAGAAUGCUUUUCCCGUGGAAAACGGUCAGAAUCAAUGUUGGCUGCUGCCGGGUCCAGGCUGCGGCCCUCCCCCCGGCCCCACCUCCGACGUCGCCAGGGGAGGGACCGUUGGGACACGCUUCCCCGGAAGGGGGAGCUCCGCCCACUCGGGCUGAGGGGCGGCCUCCGGAGUCGGUAAGGGGGGCCCCUCCUCACCUCGACACCUGCACCCCAACCUCCGUGCCUUCGCCCGUUCGCUCCCCACCGCGGCCCCGGGGAACAUUGUCAGUUGUCGGCGUGAGGAACUGCAGGCCCCGAGAGGGUCCGUCCCUCAGCUGCCGAGGGGCAGGGCCAAACCGGCCCUCGGAGAGGCCGUCCCCACCCCCUUGCAGUUUUCUGGAAGAGCUAAAGAUGGCUGAAUUUCUAGAUGACCAGGACACUCAACUGUGUGACAACUGCAAAAGGGAAAUUCCUUUGUGUAACUUUACCAUCCAUGAGAUCCAUUGUCAAAGGAACAUUGGUGUGUGCCCUAUCUGCAAGGAACCAUUUCCCAAAUCUGGCAUGGAGACCCACAUGGCUACAGAACACUGUCAGGUAACCUGCAAAUGUAACAAGAAGUUGGAGAAGAGGCAGUUACAGAAUCAUGAGGAGACUGAGUGUCCUCUGCGGCUUGCCCUUUGCCAGCACUGUGAUUUGGAACUUUCUGUUCUCAAACUGAAGGACCAUGAAGAUUACUGUGGAGCCCGGACAGAGCUCUGUGGCAAUUGUGGGCGUAAUGUCCUGGUGAAAGAUCUGAAGACUCACCCAGAAGUUUGUAGGAGAGAUGGGGAGAAAAAGAGAGAUGAGGCUGCCGUGCCUCCUAAUGCAUAUGAUGUGUCUUGGGGUCAAGAUGGAAUAUGGAUUGCAUCACAACUCCUCAGACAAAUUGAGUCUCUGGAUCCACCCCUGAGGCUACCUCGACGGCCCCUGAGAGCCUCAGAAUCGGAACUUUCCCAUAGUAGGACUACCAACCAAAGGAACAUGACAACCCAGUUUCCAAUUCAGAAUAAUCUAUUGGAAGAACAAGAAAGGAGUAGAAGCCGACAGUCCCCUGUAGAGGGUGGUGAAGACAGUUCAAACUUGGACUUCAUGUUGGCCCUAAGUCUGCAGAAUGAAGGCCGGGCCCCCAAGUUGGCAGAGCAGGACUUCUGGAGGGCUGUGUAUGAGGCAGAGCAGUCCCUUGGUGGUCCCAAUGCUCUGAAUGACAUCAAGGGUGCAGCUGAUGAGACCAUGUUGCCUUGUGAAUUUUGUGAGGAGCUCUACCCAGAGGAAUUGCUGAUCGACCAUCAGACAAGCUGUAACCCUUCCCGUGCCUUACCUUCAUUUAACAUGGGUAGUACUUCCCUCAAAGAGGUGCAGGAGGACCCUGAUGUCAUCUUCCAGAGGUUUCUGCAGCAGGCUACAAGUAACCAGUUUAACUCUUUGAUGGGCCUGAGCAAUGCACCCUCUGUGGAGGGCGGUAUCAUCAUCCCAUGUGAAUUCUGUGGGGUCCAGCUGGAAGAGGAGGUGCUGUUCCAUCACCAGGACCAGUGUGACCAACGCCCAGCCACAGCAAACCACCAUGUGAUGGAGGAGAUUCCUAGACAGGAUUUCCAGUCUCGAGAGACCUCACCAGAGCUGCCCAAGAGGCGUGUCAGACACCAGGGAGACCUGUCUUCUGGUUACAUGGAUGAUAUUAAGCAGGAAACUGCUAAAGUGCCCACUUACCCUCUUCCCCCUAGCAGACCCAUUAACAAUAUGAUGGCUACCUGUAACCGUGUGUCAACAUCCACAUCAAGCCCUAAAUCUAGUUCCCAGCCCAGCGUAAUGAAGCUCAACAACUUAGACAGCCAGGACAUUCGGGGGCGGAAUCGAAACGGCCAUAAUGGGCCCAUGGCUGCUGGGCACGUUCCAGUGAUUCGCUCUGUUCGAAAUCUCUACCCAGAAAACCUUGCGCCCUCUUUCUCCCGUGGGCCUUCAGGGAGACAUGGGCCAAGUGGUAGGAGUGAAGGUGGCAGGAACUCAAGGGUCACCGCCACAACUGCCAGCUUCCGCAACAGGACUGCAAAGGCAAAAACCCCCAAGCAACAGGGAGCUGGUGAUGCUGAGGAGGAAGAGGAGGAGUAAUGGUGUCUGCGAGAACCUGCACAGGGUUCCAUUUCUCUGCGCAGCCGCAGUGCAGGCCCUGCCUCUCGGGCUCUGGGGAGGGGAGAUUUUAGAUUUAACUUUUUUAAAGAUACAACCAUUUUGUGUCUUUUGAGAUUGUGAUGUGGGAGUUUGGGGGUUGGAGGGAGGGCUAGCAGGGAAGCUGUUAAGAGAUUUCUUGUUUCAGCUUUAGCUGCCGCCUUUUGGCAGCACAAAUACAACGUAUGGCCUCUCAGCCCACCAGGGCUCCUCUUUUGACAUACUGUCACCACUGCUUCUUGGUGCUGUGUGGUCCUGGUGGAGAGAGGAGAGGGUGUGGAAACAUGGUAUUCACCAGUAAAGCGAUUCUUUUUCCUGCAGGGACCUAAGUUUGGGAACUUUUGGGUAACCUCCUGUGUGCUGCCCCUCCCCACUUUAGAACUGGGACUCUGGUUUAUGUGUGGAGCAGCUCUGAGAAGGUGUUCAGGUCAGUUGCAGUAUAUAUUAGGAACAGGCUUUGGAGAUGAGUUGAACUAGAAAGGACUCGGGCUUUGUUUUAAUCUGCUUCUUUGGCAUUUGGCAUCACUGCCUUCUGUUUCGGUGGGGAAACGGCUCCUUUGUCUUUACUGCCUUCUGAUGGAGACAGUGAGGGACUCCCUGUCCCUCCUGGGGCCUUGCUGGGCUCUGCCUGACUGGGACUGAAGCCUAAGCUCUGUGACAUAACUAUAAACCAAGUCUCAGAGCCCCCUCUCCCUCUUUUUAUUUUAUUAUUAUAAUUAUUAACAUCCUUGUAAUAGAAAUAAAGUUUGUACUUGAAGUUUA